UACAGAGAAACGUGCGGCCGACAUCCAGAAAACAGGCCUUCCUCUGGAAAUGCUGCUUUCUGUCAAGCCGACUAUCAAAACACAUUAAAUAUGAAGAUUUGAUAGAAAAACGUAUAUAUAAGCCAACAGUAACCCAUAAGAUGAUUCUCUACAAUGCCUACCCCAGGAGGAAUUAUUCCACAAAUAAGGGCCCAGCGUGACAUUUAUGAGAAAGCCAGGGUCCUCCUGUGCAAAAUUGAUUGGUUCUCAGCCAACGGGCUCCCGGGCGUUGCAAACAAAGGCACCUUCUCCACUGGGACCUAUCAGAUGCAGGGCAGAGUAUUGCCUCUGCCUUUGGAACUUCAGGAAAUGCUCAACUCCUAUCUGGGCAGCACACAUCUGUGGCCAGCAAAGAGGAACCUGGCUUUGAAAAUGAAACAACUUCCUCCUCAAUUCGUUUCCAUCUUGGCCAUCUAUUGCUUCUGCAUGCUACAGAUUCCCUCCUCAGGAUUUCCUCGACCUCUAGCUGAUCCUCCAGAUGACUUGGAUAUCAUGCAGCUUGAGUGGCUGGCAUAUGGGGCAACUCUUUCUUGGCAAACUAAGGAUAAUCAAGACAUAUACAAAAGGGAUUCGAGGACUGAUGCAGGAGAUUUCACCAAGAAGGAUCACACUGCCACCUUGGGAUGACCAUUUUUCCUUUUCAGGAAUUCAGUGGCAAAGACAAACUGGAUCAGAUAAGGAAAUCGAGCAAUUAUUUUGAACAAAUGUCAAAUUUCUUUCUGUGAACAAUACUUAAAGAUAAUUCUCUUGCUCUGUAUUCUCCAGAAUAUUCAGUUGUGUAAAAAAUAAAGUAGCAUAGGCAUAACAUUUUCAUUUCUUGUUGGGAAGUCUUGGGGGAGGGAUAAGAUGUAUUUUUAAACUAACAGGAUAUAUAUUUUUUAAAUGUGUUGGUUUUGAUAUUGUUUUCAUGUGCGUCAGCUAUCUUGUUAUUACUGAGAAUUGAGAGGACUGUCUGGCUUCAUAUUCUGACCCUUCCCCCUUUUAGCUGGAGGACUAUGGGCUGGUCACUUCUCUAUGCCUCAUUCUCCUCCAUGGUAAAGUGUAGUUGGUAAUGAUAGUACCUUCACAUAAUUUUUGUGAUGACUGGGGAGACCACCUGUUUUAGUAAGGGGCUUAGCAUAGUGGUACAUAGCGCUCAGUAAGCAUUGGCUCUAAUUACACUUCAAAGAUGAAAUCAAAGAUGAUUUUCAUGACACAAAUGGUACCAGAGCAACCUGUCCUUAUGAGAGCUGCUUCUCUGUGGCUGACCAGGGCCUUGAGGUUAUAGCACUAAGUUAAUGUCUAACAAUUCCAUGAGUCUUAGGCCCCUUACCUUCUUAGGCACCUCCUCUGUAAACAGGAUGUGACUUCCAGGCCUCCCAAGAUCAUUUGAAGGAGUAGAUGACGCAGAAGAUCUUCUCUUACUCUUUAAAUAAUAGUAACACAUACUUUCUCACUCUUUUUUCUCCAAUCACAUUUACAUUAGUUCUUUUUUUAAUUGUUUAUGUAUUUUGAAAGAGAGAAAGAGUGCACAUGGAGCCCAAUGCAGGGCUCAAGCUCACAAACCAUGAGAUCAUGACCUGACCCGAAAUCGAGAGUCAAAUACUUAACUGAUAGCCACCCAGGGGCCCCAUAUUAGUUCUUUUCACUGCAAUCUAUAUAUCUCCCAUAUUGUUUUGUCUCUCUGAUAUUCAUUAUGGAUAUUAUCUUUUAGUCUGUCUUCCAGUUCACUAAAUCUCUUUUCAGCUGUGUCUCUUAUGUUAUUAAAGCCACCUGCUGAGGGGUGCCAGGGUGGCUCAGUCAGCUAAGCUUCUGACUCUUGAUUUUAGCUCAGGUCAAGAUCUCAUGGUUAGUGAGUUUGAGCCCCACAUUGGGCUCCACACUAUGACUGUGUGGAGCCUGCUUGGGGUUCCCUCCCCCCCCUCUUUCUCUGCCCCUCCCAUGCAUUCUAUCUCAAAAAAAAAAAAAAAAACCUUAAAAAACUUUUAAAAAGCCACCUGUUGAGUUCUUAAUUAGGAUUAUUAUAUUUUUCAGUACCAGAAUUUCCAUUUGCUAAUUUCAUAUUUUCUAGCUCUCUGGUGAGAUUCUCAAUCUUGUCAUUUUUCUCCUUUAACCUAUUAAGAAUAGAUAUUUUUAGAGUGUUUCUGAUAAGUAAAUAAUCUAGCUUCCCUUUAUGUAUGUUUCACGAUUGCUAUUUAUCUUGGUUUUUUAUUACGUACCCUUAUUCUUACAGUAUAGUUCUUUGGGGGCCUUAAUGAAAUAGUUGAGAGUUUUUCAUGGGUUCCUCCAUUGCACACCCUACACUCCAGUUCUUGCCCCCUGGUCCUAGAGGGUGACAAAGAUUGCUGCCCAGUUUUUCAGUCUCACAGCUGCCUUCCUGAGACCUUCAGAUAUUCCUAUAAGAAAUAUACUAGCCCCAAAGGUUUAUUUUACCUUUCUGGGUUUACAUCUUAAUCAUAUUAUGGCCUUAUAAGUCUUAACUGCCAAGUUAUCCUUCUUGAUACCAAUUUACCACAGGAAAUUCUUGCAAAUCCAUGAGAACACAGGUACAAGAGUGUUCACAUAGUUUCUUAGAGCAAAAGAGUUGGAAAGAACCAAGAUGUCCAUGAGAAAAGAAGAAAUAAAUAUAAUAUUCAUAUAAAUGAACAUUUGCAUGAUGUUAGAAGAGUCUUAAAAUCAUGAUGUUGAGUGAAACAAGCAAGAUGAUUUUUAUGGAAAGAUAUAAGUUGAAUACUAUUGUGAGAACAAAUACCAGAUUUAGGAGAGCAGUGAUUCCUGAGGUAGGAAGAUUGACACAAACCAGGGAGCCACAGCAGGGCUUCAACUAUAUUGGUAAUUUUUACAGUGGGUGUUAAUUGUGUAAAAAAAUAAUAAUUUACAAAUGAAUUUAUGUGGAAGCACAGAGAUUGUGUCCAGGAAGAUCAAAGAGAGAGGUGGUUCUUGAAUUGAUUCUUUUUUUUUAAUGUUUAUUUAUUUUUGAGAGACAGCAUGUGAGCAGGGGAGGGGCAGAGAGAGAGGGAGACACAGAAUCUGAAGCAGGCUCCAGGUUCUGAGCUGUCAGCACAGAGCCCGAUGCAGAGCUUGAACCCAUGAACCUUGAAAUCAUGACCUGAGCUGAAGUCAGAUGCUUAACAGACUCAACUACCCAGGCACCCCUUGAAUUGAUUCUUGAAGUAUCUGUAAGAUUUCUAUAGAUGGCAAUGGAAAAGAGCAUCCCUGACAGAAUAACAAAGGCAGGAAAGUGGGAAGAUUCAGGGCAUGUUCAAAAGACUGACUACAAGUAGCCUAGUCUGACCAGAGGACAGGGUGCGUUGCAGGGUGGUUUCCUCCUGCUUUCCCACCUCAGCCCCUGCACACAUACACAACCUUCCUGCUGGGCUAGAUAACACUUGUUGAAACUGGGGUGAGGCUAGAUUCAAGUAACUUGGAGAUGAAGCUAUGUAGCCCAUGUUGAGGUGCUAUGACCAGCCAUAAUUGAGAUAUAUGGACAGUGUGCAUGACUUGGCAGCCAGACUACCAGGGGUUCAAAUUCCACCUCUGCCUCUCACUAUUUGUGAGAGCCUAGAAGAAGGAGAGGCAGAUUUGGUGAACAGCUGGUUAGUUUCUACUGUAGUAAAAGUAUUAUCUCUAGGCCAUGAGAAAACUGACACUCAUAGGUAUUAAAUUCUUGUCCAAGAUCUUUCAGUAAAUGGCAGAGUCAGAAUUCAAACCCAGGUGUAACUGGCUCUAAUAUCUAUAGCUCAUGACUCACCAUUGCCAGCUGUCUCUCAGGGACACAGAAUUAGCCCUUGGCUGUGUGCAGGAGUGGGAUGGAAUGAGGGUGGAGGGUUGAGUUCUACAGGAAGUUACGAAGCUAUAAUGCCUGUCACCUUAGUCCUGGACUUGCUAGGUAGAGAUGAUGUACCUAGUACAAGAACAGAGUGAAGCAAGAAUUCGCUGCAGCCGAGUAAUGCCAGGACCACUUCUUAUUUAGGGGUCAAGAGAGGGUUCUGGGUAAAUUGGGGGAGGUUGAGUAGGGACCUCCCCCACCUCUGCUUGGGCUCUCAAAUUCUUUUCCAAUUCAACAUGUUUAGACACUUUGGCUUUCUUAGUAUUUAUAAAGAUAUUUUUCCUAUAUAUCUCAAUCUCUGAAAGAAAUAGAUGUGCUUGGCCCAAACAAACCCCUUCAGAGGGUUGGAAAAGUUCCACCUCUGGACAAUUUUAUUUUUUGUUCAAUUGUCUGAUCUCUUUGCUGACUCCUAGCAUUUCAGUUUAACAUUAAAACCAUCAAUUUGCCUCAAGAGAUUAAGUCACGAUCAAUAGAAACCCUGAAGGAGAAGAUAAUAGGACUUACAUUAUUUAUACUCUCAGUCUUUGUCUUCCAGACAUUGGUGAAAUGGAACUUAGGAAAUUGCUGUAAUAAAGCAGGACAAGAGGCUUUCACCGCAUAGCAGCUGUAGGGACACUGGAGCACCGGGAAGUGGGCAGUAGACUAUGUGGCUGCACACUCAGAAAGAGAGGUGGCCAAGGGAAGAGUUACCAUUUGUCACCAUUUCCCAGGGAAAACUCAUCCUGACCUCAAACAGUGGAAGAAGCGUGAGGAACAUUUGCAGGAGAGUUAUUUUAUGCUUGAUUGGCACUUGAGUGAUGGACAGCACUGUAAAACGUACCUUUUUAUCAGGGGAUAGGGUCUACUCCCACUGAACUAGAAAACAAAGAAACCUCUGGGUGAUGAGACUUGUUUUACUUAGAGUGAGAGACCCAACAAUAUUGUGAUUUGAAGAACAAGUAAGUUUUUCUCUCUAGCUUACAGUUCCAAUGUGGAUGACCCAGAUCAAUGGAGCAGCUCUGUUCCUUGAGCCGUUCAGAGAUACAGGACCCUGAAAAUCGCUGCCCCACUAUACCCUGCACUGUCAAUGCUGAGUUUCCACCAGUCUAUGCUCUAGCUUGAUGAGAUGCACACACAGUGUGUUAAGGCCUGGGCCUGGAAAUGGCAAACAUUGCUUCCCUCCCUUGGAGAGAAAUCAGCAACAAGGCCACACUCAGGGCAUGUAGUCUGUACCUGGGGUGGCCAUGUACCACUAAACCCUGCUGCCUUAGAUUUAGAAGAAGAGAAGGGUGCCUAGUGGGCAACACAGGAUUCAAUGUCAAGGAAGGGGAAGGGAUUCUUUUUUUUAUUAUUAUUAAUAUAAUUUAUUGUCAGAUUGACUUACAUACAACACUCAGUGCUCAUUCCAAUGACUGCCCUCCUCAAUGCCCAUCACCCAUUUUCCCCUCUCCCUCACCCCCCAUCCACCCUCAGUUUGUUCUCUGUAUUUAAGAGUCUCUUGUGGUUUGCUUCCCUCCCUUUCUGUUGGUAACUAUUUUCCCCCCUUCCCUUCCCCUAUGGGCUUAUGUUAAGUUUCUCAAGAUCCACAUAUGAGUGAAAACAUAUGAUAUCUGUCCUCCUCUGACUGACUUAUUUCACUUAGCAUAACACUCUCCACUUCCAUCUGUGUUGGUACAGAAGGCCAUAUUUCAUUCUUUCCCACUGCCAAGUAGUAUUCCAUCGUAUAUAUAAACCACGUCUUCUUUAUCCAUUCAUCAGUUGAUGGACAUUUAGGCUCUUUCCAUAAUUUGGCUAUUGUUGAAAGUGCUGCUAUAAACAUUGGGGUACAAGUGCCCCCAUGCAUCAGCACUCCUGUAUCCCUUGGGUAAAUUCCUAGCAGUGCUAUUGCUGGGUCAUAGGGUAGAUCUAUUUUUAAUUUUUUGAGGAACCUCCACACGUUUCCAGAGCGACUGCACCAGUUUGCAUUCCUACCAGCAGUGCAAGAGGGUUCCCAUUUCUCCACAUCCUUGCCAUCAUCUGUAGUUUCCUGAUUUGUUCAUUUUAGCCACUCUGACUGGGGUGGGAUGGUAUCUAAGCAUGGCUUUGAUUUGUAUUUCCCUGAUGAUGAGUAACAUUAAGCAUCUUUUCAUGUGUCUGUUGGCCAUCUGGAUGUCUUCUUUGGAAAAGUGUCUAUUCAUGUCUUCUGCCAUUUCUUCACUGAAUUAUUUGUUUUUUGGGUGUGGGGUUUGGAAAAUUCUUUAUAGAUUUUGGAUACUAGCCCUUUAUCCAAUAUGUCAUUUGCAAAUAUCUUUUCCCAUUCUGUCCGUUACCUUUUAGUUUUGUUGAUUGUUUCCUUUGCAGUGCAGAAGCUUUUUAUCUUGAUGAGGUCCCAAUAGUUCAUUUUGGCUUUUAAUUUUCUUGCCUUUGGAGAUGUGUCAAGUAAGAAAUUGCUGCAGCUGAGGUCAGAGAGGUUUUUUCCUGCUUUCUCGUCUAGGGUUUUGAUGGUUUCCUGUCUCACAUUUAGGUCUUUCAUCCAUUUUGAGUUUAUUUUUGUGAAUGGUGUAAGAAAAUGAUCUAGUUUCAUUCUUCUGCAUGUUGCUGUCCAGUUCUCCCAGCAUCAUUUGUUAAAGAGACUUUUUUCCAUUGGAUACUCUUUCCUGCUUUGUCAAAGAUUAGUUGGCCCUACAUUUGUGGGUCCAAUUCUGGGUUCUCUAUUCUAUUCCAUUGGUCGAUGUGUCUGUUUUUGUGCCAAUACCAGACUAUCUUGAUGAUUACAGCUUUGUAGUAGAGGCUAAAGUCUGGGAUUGUGAUGCCUCCCACUUUGGUUUUCUUUUCCAAGAUUGCUUUGGCUAUUCGGGGUCUUUUGUGGUUCCAUAAAAAUUUUAGGAUUGUUUGUUCUAGCUUAGGAAGAAUGCCAGUGCAAUUUUGAUUGGGAUUACAUUGAAUGUGUAGAUUGCUUUGGGUAGUAUUGACAUUUUAACAAUAUUUAUUCUUCCAAUCCGUGAGCAAGGAAUGUUUUUCCAUUUCUUUGUGUCUUUUUCAAUUUCCUUCAUAAGCUUUCUAUAGUUUUCAGCAUACAGAUCUUUUUAUAUCUUUGGUUAGGUUUAUUCCUAGGUAUUUUAUGGUUCUUGUUGUAAUUGUAAAUGGGAUCCGUUUCUUUAUUCCUCUUUCUGUUGCUUCAUUAUUGGUGUAUAAAAAUGCAACUGAUUUCUGUACAUUGAUUUUGUACCCUGUGACUUUGCUGAAUUCAUGUAUCAGUUCUAGGAAUCUUUUGGUGGAAUCUUUUGGAUUUUCUAUGUAGAGUAUCAUGUCAUCUGCGAGAAGUUAAAGUUUGACUUCUUCUUUGCCUAUUUUGAUGCCUUUUAUUUCAUUUUGUUGUCUGAUUGCUGAUGCUAGGACUUCCAGUAUGUUAAACCACAGUGGUGAGGGGCACCUAGGUGGCUCAGUUGGUUAAGCAUUCGACUUGGGCUCAGGUCGGGUUCUCACGGUUUGUGGGUUUGAGCCCUACAUCGGUCUGUGUCCUGACAGCUCAGAGCCUGGAGCCUGCUUCAGAUCCUGUGUCUCCCUCUCUCUCUCUGCCCCUCCCCCGCUCAUGCUCUGCUGCUGCUCUCUCUCUCUCUCUCAAAAA